UACACUGAAAGAGCUCUUUUGUUGAAAGAAGUAUUUGUCAUUUCACUUUCUGUUGGCGGUACGAGUUCGUAUUUUCUUGAGUUCCAAAUUUUCUAUUUACAGUCGUCGUGCACAACUUCGCAUUUGAUGUACAGUCAUAGGCACAGAGGUUACGACACUUUUUUUUUACCUGAGUUUAUGAACACGCAAUCAAAUUCAGGAUGCGAAUCACUGUGACGCGCACAUGUAACUGUGUUACACAUGUAUACGCAAAUUUGACAACUUCAUGAUCGUUCAUCGAGUAGGCGCGCGUCACAGUGAUUCGCAUCCUGAAUUUGAUUGCGUGUUCAUAAACUCAGUUAAAAAAAAAGUGUCGCAACCUCUGUGCCUAUGACUGUACAUUUAUGUUCUGUACAUACAAGACGUCGCACACUUGCACUUCUUUCGCAAUUAAAUCUCAUUUCUUGUUGAAUUUGUGUAAAAUUCGAGAUUUGCUUUAUUCGGUUCUAUCAAAUGCUUAAAGCUGAGAAUCCAACGCAAAAAUGGCAUUUUGAGGUACACACUUUGGCUGUAUUCAAAAAUUCAUUAAAUUAUAUCUUUUCUAGCUAGGCAUUCAUUACGGUUUUCAUUCCUGUUUGCAACUACUUGCAGCACAAACUAUAAUCUUGGAGCGACUCGCACCAUCGGAAAAUAAUUCCGUGUUUUUACGUUUUCGAUUUCUCCUUCUUUUUCCUCGUCCCUCAUGGCACUCCCCCAACAGCAAAACUUUUCAACCUCAGUGGCAGAGCCGCGAAGUACGCACUUGCAGCUUACGGCUUGUUGCAUUUUUAAGCACGCGACCAUAUUAUCUGUGGUCGCGGAAACUCGGCUUGGAGAGGCAAUAUCUGCUACUUUUCAAGUCCGAAGCUGCGUUAGUAGUCGAAGUUGUUGCAUGUGGUUCCAAGUUUGCCAAAGUUUUGCGAUAUACGUGGCAAAAAGAAUACUUAAUGAGAGGCAAUGCGAUUGGUCAAUGCUUAGCGACGCAGGAUCACGUUUGGUUACUUCGAGUCCACCCCAGAUUUUCCAACAUACGCAAAAUUGUUUGACGGUGUACGCACGCUUCGAGGGAUUCUCCGCGAAUUUCCUUGUAGUUUUCCGGCGAACAUGGAGAUAAGCACUGUUAGCCGCGUGGUGAAGAUCGGUCUUCGUGCCUGUGGUAUCUGGCCAUAUCUACCAACGACCACUCUGUACCGAUUCUUUUGGAUCGUGAUGUUGGGCAUAGCUCAGAUCUUUCAGUAUCAAUACGUGGUGAUACACUACAAUACAGAUAAUUUUUCUCAUUUUAUGGAUGGAGUGAGUAGUGCCAUGACGUAUAGUCUACUGUUCGUCAAACUCACCAUUUUAUGGGCAAACCAACGAACGUUUUCUGAUAUAUUGCAAAUGAUGGCCGUGGACUGGGAGAACUGUGUUUUGGCGGAUCGCAGUUUACGCAUUACGACAGAUAAAGUCAAACUGUCACACCGCUUCUCGAAGUGGAUUAUCGGCCUCCAGUUGACCGUCAUAAAUCCUAUACAGUUGCGGGGUACUUGCUGUAACAUUCAAAGAAUUAAUGUGUCAGCGCGGGAAUAUAUCUUGAAGAUGAAGCUACCGUUCACAGUUAGCACGUCUCCUAUCUACGUACUGAUUACGAUUCUUCAAUUCUUUUACCUGGCAAUAUACGGCUGUGGAAUUUCCAUGGUAAAUUCACUUAUCGUCACUCUGAUACUUCAUAUUGGUGGUCAAAUCGAUAUCUUACGCGAGUGUCUACUAACAGCUUUUUCCAAAAAUAUGAUGUCUACCGUGGAUAGUAUAACAUUGAGAACGUUGAUCACGAAGCAUCAGCAAAUUAUUAUAUUCUCGGAAAAUAUUGAGAAUCUUUACACUUAUAUUGCAUUGAUGUUGUUCGUAUCAGAUACCCCCAUUAUAUGCUGUUUAGGAUUUAUUAUCGUCACCUCAAUCGGUACAACUGACGGCCCUGCAAUCUUGGUGAGGUCUGUAUUAUUCUAUCUCGUGAUGAACCUCGAGGCAUUCAUAUACUGUUUUGCUGGUGAAUACUUGAGCGCAAAGAGCAAAAUGAUCGGGGAUGCGGCUUAUAAUUCUCUUUGGUAUGACGUCGCAACCAAAAAGAAUCUAAUUAUAUUGUUCAUAAUCCUAAGAUCACAAAAACGGUUGACAAUCACGAUUGGAAAAGUCAUGGAUCUCUCUUUAGAGCGUUUUACUAGUGUUGUAAAGGCAUCGGCAUCAUAUAUUUCUGUACUAUUGGCAAUGUACUAAACAAAGUUCAGCAUUAAUUAAGCUGACAAUAUUUUGAUAAUACAAGUGUUCAUGUUAGUAUCUGAUAGUAAAUGUAACAAUAAUAUAAAUAAGUAAUAUAAGCAAUAAAAAUCAGAAUAUUAUAUUACACAUUAAUGCAAUUUUUAUAUAAGUAAAUUUACUUAAAUUGUUUUACGGAAAAAAUAUCAGUAACUAAUGAAGUAACUAAUGCAAUUGGAUAUAUAAGAAAAAUUCUUUUUACACAUCACUAAUCACCAUUUUCAAUCGUCGUUCAAGUAGCUUUAUAUCGAAAUGAAACAUCUUUUCUGACAAAUUAGCACAAGCUCUUUUUUCUUAACAUGCUUUUUAGAACAUGUACUAUACUUAUCGUUUGUAUAAAAAAAGAAUAUUAUCAUAACGUUAGAAUAAAGCUUUCUUCAGUA